UGUUUAAUAAUGAGCUCCCUGGAGAGCUGAAAUCCGCGCGGUGUCCCUUCUCUCUUCAUUCGCAUCAGCGGCGCGCGCAGAUCAGCAAACCGAGCUCGAGGCUUCCGGGGCCGGUCGGUCGGUCGGUCUGUCGGUCGGUCUGCACGCGCUUCAGACUCAUGAGGACCAAGUCACAGCCAUAACAAACGCUGAGUGUAAUGUUAGGGCUGGAGUGUGUGUUACCGAGGGAAUGAGACUGCGUGGCAGAGAUCUGGAGGAUUCCACCGGCUCCUGGAUACCGAGCAUCCUGCGCGUGCAGACUGUCAGGCUUCGCCUUCGCCUCGAUCGCCGCACCGACAGGGGGCGGAGCCUCUGGCAGCUGGUCGACCUGAGCGGGGAGACGAGUGGGCGGGACUUAUGGGAUAGGACUCCGCCCACUUGUUCACAGAGUCUGAUGAGUAUUCCUACAGCAACGUCUGGACAGACGGGGGGUGGAGACAUGCAGUCACCUGGGGCAAUAAGCCCCUCCUUCCUCCCACCUUCAACGGGAAAGGUUCCGGGUCGCAAGAGGGGAAGGCCGCCACUCAAAAGGCAUCCUGAGUAUCAGAAUCGCUACCCAGAAUCCCUCCCUCCCAUCAAAGUGCCUAAGAAGAGAGGGAGAAAGCCUGGAUUCAAGCUGAAGUCCCGGUUGGCAAUGACUCCACUGGCCAUCUCCCCUCCCAGCAGCACUCCAGAACCAGACAUGAGCUCCAUCCCUCAGGACGCUGCCACUGUUCCUCAUUCGGCCACGCCAGAGGUCCUUACAGUGUGUAUCUACGUGAAUAAGCAGGUGAACACUGGCCCGAAUCUGGACAGGCAGAAAGUCAUGCAGCUUCCCGAUCAUCUGGGCCCUGCGCGGCCCUCCGUGGUGCUGCAGCAGGCCGUGCAGGGUUGCAUCGACAGCGCUUACCAGCAGAAAACAGUCUUUACCCUGCUCACACAGGGCUACGGAGGAGAAAAAAUAUCAGCCACUUUUGACGGCAAGCAGCACCUUCUGAGUCUGCCAGUGGUGAACAGUGUGGGUUAUGUCCUCCGCUUUCUAAAAAAGCUCUGCCGGAGCCUUUUGUGCGAGAACCUCUUCAGUGAUCAGCCAAUUGCACCUUCCUCGUCUCCCUCCUCCUCUUCUUCGGCUCACACAGACAAGCAUUCAGACGAACAAUCCAAGUCGACAGACUCUAUGGUGGACGAUUACCACUCUGAAUCAGUCGAGUCCAAGCGCUACUCUGUCGACCAUACUGACACAUCCUUUGGAGUAAUGACAUCACCAUACAUAGCCUCGAAAUCCAACUACGGGUUUCGCUCUGGUGCCACCUACUCUUCUGGGGCUGUUUGCAGACCGGCUACCAGUCCCAGUUCAUUCCAGGAAGGAAACAGAAGUGCCUACAGUCCGUCCCCAGAGGCAGGUGAGUCAAAGCCUCCGCCGAGUAAAGAUCCGUCCCGGUGGAGUGUAGAGGAGGUGGUGUGGUUUAUCAAAGAUGCAGACCCUCAGGCUCUCGGUCCACAUGUGGAACUCUUUCGGAAACACGAGAUUGAUGGAGAUGCUCUCCUGCUGUUGAAGAGUGACAUGAUCAUGAAGUACCUGGGACUCAAGCUUGGUCCAGCACUCAAACUCUGUUACCACAUCGACAAGUUAAAACAAACCAAGUUCUGAAAUGCUGAAAGGCCAUUACCACAACCUUGAUUCCACUUGUCCCACACACACACACACACACACACACACACACACACACACACACACACACACACACA